UGGGUACCUGCUACUCUUGUAGCAUCAUAUUUGCCAUGGCAUGUUGCGGUGCCCGUUCAUUGACACCCUUGGCCCAGUACGCAAGAUCAUUAAGGACUCAGCUCGAUGACGGCGAAAAGCUGCCUAUGCUUUUCCCUAUGUACACGGUACCUUUGGGCACCUUGUUGGAGAUGACCAAGAUCGAGCAUCAUGAAGCGCUAAAGGCCAGAGAUGUGUUGGUGGAGUUCCAAAGGAAUAUGGGCAAUGCGGCAUUUGUUUCACACCAAUGGGUUGACAGUAGCCACCCGGACCCAGAGUGCAAGCAGAUGAGGGUCUUGCAGGAGGCUUUGAAGGAAAUGAUGGGCAACUUGAAGAGCAUACCUGUAGAUUUACUUUCCGAAGGGCACAAUCCAAAUUUAAAACCCUUGCCCACGUCGAAGAUUCUGUCAGAGCCACUCUUCUUUUGGUAUGAUUAUUUCUCGUGCCCACAGACGGAAUGUCUUAGUGAACAUUUCCCCCACAGCAGCAAAUUGCCGGAUGCCAUCAACAGCAUACCAGCAUAUGUGGACAAGUGCUCCUUCUUUUUUGCCCUUGUACCAGUCUUGGAGAAUCCGAGUGGAACCAAUCUCAUCACUCCAUUCACCUGGAAUAGUAGGGGCUGGUGCAGAUUGGAGAGAUCUUGCCGAGAACUCUCUCAAAACAAGUCCUGGAUUCAGGUGAAAGGCCCCAAUGAUCUUCAGCUCAUAUCGGGCGCUGGAGCAUCCCUUCGCGCUGGGUCUGGGCCAGUGGGUGAAGGAGCUUUCACAGUGCCCGAGGAUCGGUCGAAACUUGGGCCGGUUCUCAUGAAAGCACUAAAGCGCAAGCUGCUUUGGCUUCUCAAAGCCCAGGACUUGCCAGGUUUUCGUUUUUUGCUGAACCAUCAAAUGUUUCUUUCCAGAGGUUUGGAUUGCAACCUCUUCGAGCCUGUUCCUGGCUUUGAGCAAAACCAUAUGGAUAUGGAUUUUUCACCCCUUGUCAUGAAGUUUUUCCAUCAGAAUGGUUUCCGCAGCAUCUGCGAGAGGGACAGUGCUGGAUUUUCGCCCCUUCACUAUGCGGCCCUGAAUGGCGACCCAGCGUUGAUUCAAGACCUACUGGCACUUCAGGCAGAUCCGGACCAAGUCACAAGGAAAGUCCACCCAGAUCUUGGGUUUGAAUCGGGGGCUUCAUCUCUCGCCAUUUCCUGCGCCUUCAAGAACAAUGAGGCUGUCCGGCUUUUGAUCUCUGCCAGAGGCAGGGUCGCCAGCAGUGCGAUUAUUGCCAGACCUCUUAUUGUUGCAGCCGGAUUGAACAAUGCAGAGGCCGUCCAGAUUCUCCUCCGUGCUCGGUGCCUGCUUGAGUCCAAUUCUUUCGACCUCACUCCGCUGGAAAGUGCUGCCAGCGGGGCCGCGCUUGAAGUCAUGGAGGAGCUCCUCAGACACAGCAUGAUCAGUUCCAUGGAUGCGACUCAUGCGCUUUACAGUGCAGCAACCUGUGCUGGAGGUGCAGAGUUCGUGUAUCGUCUGGUUGAAAUGAGAGCUGAUGUCAAUGCUCAGACUUGCGACUGGUGCAAUCGCACGGCGCUGUACCGGGCCAUACACACCUUACUGGUUUUGCAGCACCGGUUUCACAAGGUCACAAUAUUCAACACCCUCAUGUAUCAUGCCAAAGGCGCAACGCCUUUGAUGCUAGCCUUACUCUCCGGGAAUGACGAAUGUGCUGCGGCUUUGAUUGCUGCAGGGGCAAAGCUGAAUCUGCGGAACUCGCGGGGAUUGACUGCGGCAGAUCUGAUACGGAGGCGUUCAGGGCCGGAAUUCCUGCUCGAAGCUUGCGAAGGAAGGGUCGAAGCAUGCCAGAGGGUUUCAUUACUGGCAUGUGGCUGGGUCGAGAUGUACUUCUGAUGCAACAUGUAUGUGUUUUGAUGAUCUUUGAUGUCAAAAAGGCACACGGUGACGGUGACCAAUCAACAUGAGCUGGCUCUGUGCACAAAAGAAUGCUGUGGCUGGUGGGCACGGUGUGGGAUCGGACGGCUCGGUGUCAAUGGCCCUACGAUGAUGCACUUGGAAGUCAUCAGAGCCAAG